UCCUGAAUCUGAUCCAAUACAGAACCUCCGCGCGUGCCACAACCGUUCGGUCUUCUUCCUUCAUUUCCAAGCAGAAAACCUACAAACCCUAACCCUAAAUCUACUUCCAAUCAUGGCUACCGAUGCCCAUGACUCUCGUCGCAAGCAUCACCGAUCAUCCUCUCCGGAGGACGUCGAGAGAUCCUCGAAGCGCCACAAGCAUCGCCACCAUAGCCACCGCCACCGCCACGGGAGCAAAAAACGCGAAGAAGAGAUUGAAUACGAUGGCGGAACAUUUGCUGCGGUUCCUUCUCCAACUCCCACUCCUAAUCCUGGUCCGCACAGCCGUCUCCCUGACGACGAUGUGGAAGAGGGAGAGAUUCUCGACGACGUGGCCCUCGACGGUGAGGUUGGAAAAAGGAUGACGGAAUCUGAUGUCGAACCUGGUGAAAUCGAGGUGACAGGAGAUCGAUAUGUUCGAUCUGAUAAGAAAAAUCCGGGACUUCUCACUAAAAAUUCAAAAACUAGAAGCGAGGACAUUAGCAAUGAUAAAUUUAUUAGUCCUGCAUUGGAUGCAGAAGAAGGGACAUGGCGUCAGAGCCACCUUGGUCAUGAAGUUCAUGAAGAUGAUGGUUCUCCUAAUCAUUUAAGUGCUGAGACUCAAGAUGGAAUGGAUGCUAGAGCUAGUACAGAUGGUGUGGACAAUGGGUAUUUGGCUCGAAAAUCUUCCAAAGGGGAUAAGAGGCAGAAUGGGGAACUUGGACAUUUUAAAGGAAAUGAGAAACUAAAAGGUGACUAUCACUAUGAAGCACCGGAAGCUAAUGGAAUGAAAGUAAAUUGCCAUAGGAAUUCAUCUUCUGAAAGUGGGGGAGAAAAAUAUAGAAUGUCUGGAAGUUCACCUUCUCAUGAUAGACAUAGAAGUCGGUCAAGAUCAACUGGUCAUACUAGGGACAGGUCUCGUUCCCGUGGUAUAGUAGAAGAAUAUGUUCAUUCCAAGAGAAGGCAAGCUGGGGAAAAAGGAUCCCAUUAUUACACUGGAAGACAUAAGACUGACUAUGAUCUUGAUGAGGAAAGAGGGAGGGCUCGUGGAAGGGAGCGUGACCAUGGCAGUAUAGAUUUGGUGGUAGAUGAUAGAAGGGAACACAGUACCAGGUAUCACAGUCGGGAGGCCCGGGAUAGGGAUAGGAGUAGGGACGGGGAUGUGGAUAGAGACUUACACAGGGAAAAGAAACGAGAGGAAACAAGCAGGAAUAGGGAGGUUGAUUGGGUGGGUAUAAGGGAAAAAGAACAUAGAAGGAGCCAUGAGAGAUAUAGGAGGGAUGGAGAAAAAGAUAGGAGCAGGGAAAGGGAGGAGGAUAGGGAUAGGGAUAGGAGACGAGAAAAGGAAAGAGAUAGGAGCUGGGAGACUGCGUUUGAGAGGGAACAUAGAAGGGAAAAGGAAAGAGGUAGGAGUAGGGACAGAACACGGGGCAGCGAGAGAGAUAGAGACUGGGAGAGUGAAAGGGAUGACAAGAAUCGGGAAAGGGAUAACAUUAAGGAGAGGGAAAGGCGAGAUGAUAGAUAUAGGCACAAGGAUAGAGACACUGCGAAUGAUAAGGAUAAGCAUCUGCAUCAUGAUGAUGGUUAUGACAAUGGAGAUAGAUAUAGAAAACAUUCAAGACAUGAUGAAACUGAAUACCAUCGGCAGAGAAAAAGAAAUUCUGAUCCUGUUAAGUUUUAUAACUCUAUGGGAAGUACCAUACAAGAGGAUGAAAGAAAACUAAAAAGUGGUGAGGUUGAACAAGAUGACAUUGAUGAGGAUACAAUGCAAUUACCUGAACAAGAAGAGGAAGAUCUCAACAGGAUCAAAGAGGAGAGUAGAAGGAGAAGGGAAGCAAUUAUGGAGAAAUACAAGAAGCAACAUCAGCAAGUAGAACAAGUGGUUGAAAAUGAAGCAAAAAACAAGGAUGCAGACAUUCCUGCUGACAUUUCUGAAGCACUUGAUGAUAAGAAUGAGGAUGUUGAUGAUGCGGAACCAUCAUUUGCUGUUGGGAAAUCUCCUGAAAAUGUGAAUGUUACUUCUGGGGAGAUAUCUGGUGCAGGGGGCCUGGGAGAGGGUACUCCAAAGAGUGAGAGGUCAGAUGACAAGUUUUGCGAUGAUAUAUUUGGUGAGACACCAACUGGAGUUCGCAAAUCGGGAAAAGGAGAUGGUUUACUGAUUGAGAGGGUUAGCCUGCAUGACAAUUGGGAUGAUGCAGAGGGCUAUUACAGCUAUCGUUUUGGUGAAAUACUUGAUGGCCGAUAUGAAGUCACUUCUGCACAUGGGAGGGGUGUCUUUUCAACAGUUGUUCGGGCAAAGAAUCUGAAGGCUGGUAAUGGUGAGCCAGAAGUAGUAGCUAUAAAAAUUAUUCGUAAUAAUGACACCAUGUACAAGGCUGGUUUGGAUGAGUUGGUCAUACUAAAGAAAUUAGUAGGUGCAGAUCCAGAUGAUAAGCGUCAUUGUGUUCGUUUCCUUUCAAGUUUUAAGUACAGGAAUCACCUUUGUUUAGUUUUUGAAUCUCUUAAUAUGAAUCUGCGUGAGGUUUUAAAGAAGUUUGGUCGCAAUAUUGGGCUUAGGCUAACCGCUGUGAGAGCAUAUGCAAAACAGCUUUUUAUUGCAUUGAAGCAUCUCCGAAACUGUGGCGUUCUUCAUUGUGAUAUUAAGCCAGAUAAUAUGUUGGUGAAUGAGGCUAAAAAUGUUUUGAAGCUUUGUGACUUUGGUAAUGCCAUGUUUGCUGGUAAGAAUGAAGUUACACCAUAUCUUGUGAGUCGUUUUUAUCGUGCUCCUGAAAUAAGCUGUUGUUUGUAUGAGUUCUAUACUGGGAAGGUUCUUUUUCCAGGACUUACCAACAAUGAUAUGCUACGGCUUCACAUGGAAUUGAAGGGCCCUUUUCCAAAGAAGAUGCUACGUAAGGGAGCAUUUACUGAGCAACAUUUUGAUCAGGACCUGAUUUUUCUUGCUACAGAGGAGGAUCCUGUAACAAAAAAGACCAUCAAGAGGAUGAUCCUCAACAUAAGGCCAAAAGAUAUUGGGACAAUCAUCACUGGCUCUCCUGGGGAGGACCUGAAAAUGUUAGCCAACUUUAAGGAUCUUCUGGAGAAAAUUUUUGUCUUGGAUCCAGACAAGAGGUUGACAGUCUCACAAGCAUUGAACCACCCAUUCAUCACUGGCAAGUGAACAAUGUUGCUGAAUCUGACUCCCGAAAUGAUAUUCACUGAUAUUUGUACAUAAUGAUGCAAUUGAUAUUGAGGUUCUAAUCAUUGGUACUAUUUAUCUUCUCUGUACUGCCCAAGGAGUGUCAUCCCAGUUGUCAGCCUGAUGAAGUGAAAAAGGUUGAUGUCUUGGUCAGGCGUACACUUUACUGGCGGUUCUUUCAGUGGAAUGUACUGUCUCUAUUGAGACCUAUCACUGGUUUGAGGCAUCCCUUCCAUGCUUAGAUGCUUAAAAGGAACCCAGGAGAAGGUACCUUGGUUUGUUUAUUGGGAGAUUAAUUUCACCGUGCUGGAAUGAAUUGUGUUUUCCAUUAAAAUCUAUUAUCAAUGUCAAUAGAAUAGCUGCUGGGUUUGAAUGGGAAUCUAUUAAGAUGAGCGUGAAUGGUCUUUUUUGAGUCAUGUAGAAAGUCAAUGGUUGCUACAUGUGAGCACGUUAACUGUGUGCUUUUCGGGUGAUGUACAUGAAUUAGGGGGAGUGGUUAGUGUAGAACCUUCAUCCUCAUUCAGAGCCACUAGGCCUAAUGCCUAUUUGCUGCUGCCUUUAAAAUAGUUCAGGACAAGUGGCAUAAUUACCAAAUGCUGUUUUUUCGACUUCUUUCUAGUUGUUCCUUUCAGUCAUGACUUGAGUCAAGCAUAUAGAUAUUCUAUUUCUUGAAUUGUACUUGAGCAUCUCUUUCCAUCCGAUAUCUUGCAUUCUUUUGUUAACAUUUAUUUUCUUAAAUUUGCCUACGCAUAUCCUAAUGAAAUUAUGUUGCAUCUUAUCCAUGGUGGGUCAUUCUGGAGGCAUUUCCACCGGACGUGUUUGGCUGUGUUCUUGAAGCAAAUUCAUAUCUCAGUACUAUAUCUUGGUCCUGCAAUUUUCGUAAGUAUAUUGAAGUUCAAUUCCUUUUUCAUCUCUGUCGGUAUAUGGUCUAUUGCGUCCAGUUUCUUAUGAUGAUCAUUCCUUGUCAUUUCUGUGUUUGAAAUUUGACGUAUUGCAAGUCUGCAAUACAUUAAAAUUUUCCUGCUGUGUUUCUGAUGCGAAUAUAGGUGGUGUUUAGGACAGCAUUUUUGGCUUAGUUUUCCAUGCUUGUUUUGACUUAUAAGCGUGUUCUUGAUUAUGUUCCUUCUCUUGUGUGUUGUCGUAAAACCCUGAUAUUAUCAACUUGCUGUUUGGUCAGUUUCGGACCUUUUUCUUGACAAUCAUUGACGAGCAUGUCAAUUCUCUGUUCUAUUUAUUUUAGAGAAUAGAGUAGAGUUUUAUUUUUUAGCAAAAUUCAUUUCCUGAAGUAACGCAAUACAUACAUACACCCCCCCUCAAUGUGUGUGUGAGAAAAGAAAUUUAAGGCGAGGGAUGGUUGCCCUAGUCUACGGUCAUGGUACAGGGGUAGUUACUGAUAAACCACCAUCGGAUUCGAACCUAAAGCCAUGUUUUUCAUGGGCAGAGGGUGUCUAGGUUAGCCAACUGCUUUAGGGUCUUUGGUGUGCAUCAGUGCAUUUCAAUCAACCCCCUUUUUUAUUUUUUUUUUGAGAACGGAGAGAAAAUAAAGUAGCAGUAAAAUUUUAAUUAAAUUACCCUUUAGUCAUAGCAUACAAAUUUUGUAGUUUUAACUCUAACCACAACUUCAUAUUUUUAGGAUAAAACUUGUAUCUUGGAGAAACAAAGUAUUUUCAUAUUAAUAUACAUAUGCCUUGGUUGUAUAACUUGUAAUGGUGUUUCUCAUAUUAAUAUACAUAUGCCUUGGUUGUAUAACUUGUAAUGGAAAUCUUGCAGAACGAGAUUAUCCUUGGGUGUGAGUGGCUUGUUUCUGCCUUAGAUUCUCAGUUAAGCUUUCUUUUUGGCUUGAUAUAUGUCACCGUUUAAUAUCCUGAUCGCUUCAUAUAUCGCUUCGUGUGUAAUGUUGUGUAGCUUAAAUAGUUUUUUUCCACGAAGAAGCAAAACUUUUUUUGCAAAGUAUGCCUUGAUGCAAGUAAAAAGAAACCUUUUACACCAAUUUUCGUAGGCAAGAAACUAAUACUUCUACCGGAGCAUUUAUUCAGACAGCUAAUAGAAGUGAACAGAGAGAAUAAUGGAAUAUAUUCAAGUGGCAGUUACUUAAAUAUGGAUGAGGCAAAAAAUUUCUUUAGGGGGUGUUUGGUAGGCGGUGAAAAUUUUCUUUCUUACAAAAGUGGGGUAGGAAAAAUUAUUUGCCUAUGUUCGGUAGGAGGUGAACUAAAAAUAUGGCUGUGAAAUUUUUUUUCUAUCAUUUGCUUUUUUUAUGUAAAAUGGUUGGGGAAGAUUAUCAUUGAAGGGUUAAAAUUGUUUUUUUUCCCAUGUGGUAGAAAAAUUAACACAUCAGUAAAAUUAACUUAAUAUUCUCGGAAAAAUUUUGGCCUACCAAACACUUUUAGUAAUUUAUCCAGAAAAAAAAAAUUUCAUCAUAUUUUUGUAGUUGUGGUGUUAACAGUCAUAUAGUUUGGUAGGGUAUUUUUGUCUUAAAAGGUUAUAUUCAGAAUUUGAGAGAAUGGGGAAAAAAAAAAUACUAUAUCCUAGGUAGGAUAAUUUUCCAGCUUUGUGUGGUUCAAAAGGGAAAUGUUGGGGAAAAAAAAUUGCUAGCAUUUUAUUCACAUUUCUGAUACUAAACAUGGUAAAUAAAUAUUCUCCACUUCACUUUUUAAUUAUUCCAACUAAAAUACUCAUACCAAACAUUUACAAUGUAAAAUACUAUUGCAUAGUGGGUUAGCAAAAUUCCACAAUGUGGAUCAAGAUUUUAAUGGUCUGGGGAUUGAAUUUUACGGUCUAGUUGUCUGAAAUUUUGCCUUUUCUAGUCUAUCCCUUUCUCAUGGAAUAAGAUGUUCAUAUAAAUGGACUUAAAAAAUUUGGGCAAAUAAAAACCUAUAAUAUCGGUAGGAUUUAUGAUCGUAACUAUCCUAUAGUGCGAUCUUACACUAAUCCCAUCUGAUUCUAUCCAUAUACUCGAUGUAGAUUGUUAUUGCAUGCUAGGAUAGCAAAAUACCAGUGUGGAUCAAUAUUCUAAUGCCUUUGAUAUUAUAUCAUAUCUAUUUGGUUUUUAAACCCUGCCUUCAGAAUAGGAAAUGCUUGUUUGAGGCUAAUAAAUGGCGUGGAUACAUCUUGCAAUGAUGUUUCAAUCUUUCUUUUUUUAUAUGGAACCUUAUAAACAUUCCCAUAAAUCUUGAGCAUUUUUGUUUGCAUCUUACAUUUAACUUCAAAUAUUUCAGUGGUGCAUGUGGUAAAUAGAAAUCCCUGAAUAUAUCAACGAUAGUGUGGCUAUUUACUGCAUUAUUUCAAAGGAAAUUAGAGUUGAAUUGUUCCAAGUUGAUAUUACCAUCCUUUUUAAUGAACUUAUCACUUCAUGUCAAGUAUAUCAUUUCAAACAUCUCGUCUCUCUUUAUUGAUGGAACCACUUAGUGUAAAGAAGACAAGGAAAUUAUUUUGGUCUUUGUUGGUGGGGCAAUUCAUUAUGAGUCCAUGCAUUCAGUUGGGAAAUAUUCGUGUUUUGUUGAUUGGGAACACGCCAGGAGACAUGGGGGUAUAAUAAUGGGGCAAAGCCCUGACAUAAGAAUUUAAGCCAAAUCUGAGCUGGGCAAAGAACUCCCCAUAUGAAUACCAAUCAAAUUGAAAGCAUCUUCCAAUCGACCAGCUUUAAUAUUGCUUUGUAGUUUGUUACCCUGCUGCUCCAAUCUGGAGCAAGCACUUAAUGAAAAGGCCUCAACAUGUACUGGUUAGUGUUUGUUUAGCAUCUAAGUAGCGAGCACCGUAAACAAUCAACCCAUUCAUUCUUAAACGGGAUCACUACAAGAAAGCUGAGGACUUCAAAGAUUACACGAACAUGGAAUAGAAUGAUUGUGCCAGCUGAGAUGUCGUCAGAUGUCCGAAUCUGAAUAAAAAUGGCUGUUUUGUAGCUUGCACAAACCAACGGGUCAUUGAUGUUUAUGCUUUUGGAUACGAAGAACACAAUGGUUGGAUUAGUUGAUAACAAGAAAUUGAAUUAUGUUUAUAAACCUAACACUUAACAGCGGGGUCCGUGAACGAGUAACUUCUCUGCCGUGAGGAACAAUUAACCCUGGGUUGAACUAGGCUGUAGCUGUGAUGCCCAGAACAAAGCCCGUGUUAAUUUGUGUCUGAUUUCCCGCUCUAUGAAGCCCUCUAAAGAAAUGAUUGUGUAAUGCCACUUCUCCAAAAGCCAAAAUUUCGGGCUGCUCAGCAUCCGAACACAAUAAUGUUUUUGUGUAUCAUAAAAACAAAGGCUUGACCAUUUGAAAACUGGGAAUUAGGCAAAGAGAUUAUGUUUGUGGGUUUAGGGGGGGGAUGCAAUAGAGGGUUUGAGGGUACUAUAGCGCUCUGAUGGAGUGGAUCAUUUCAUGAAUUGAAGGUGGAUAGAGAAAAUCGAGAGGGAGGCAACCUGCAUAAUUAAUAUGGUAUGGGGUAUUGGACCAAUGGAUAUGAUUUUUCGAUUGAAACAGCGGGUGGCGCGGUGUCUGAAUAAAUGAUCCGAUUGGUAAUGGGGGCGGAGAUUGUAAUAGGGAAUCAAGCAUAUGCUAUUCUCCGAUGUUUCCUGUGAUAUUCAGUUAUGGUGGUUGAAGUUUUCUUGCUCUUCUAUGUUUCUGUGCUAUGUUUGGCUUAUUGAUGAAGCCCUGGAGCCGUUUUUCUCCAGCUGAGGGUUCUAUGCCAUUUUUUUUCCUCUUGAUUUUUUUUGGCAAGUGGGAUGUAUGACCAGCAGUUCGGCACACUCUUAGCCCAGUGAUUAACAUGCUGGCAAUAUUGGUGAUAAUUAAAUCAAUGAAAAACUUUUUCUUUUAUAUGGGCCAUGGAUAUUGUGAAGAUGGUGAGGAAUGGUUUUUUUCGUGUCAAUGUUAGAGAGACAGAUACAAAUACUACAAAUAGGAUCCCACAUGUUUUUAUAGGGUAUCACUCGAUUUCUAGAGGCCAUGGUAUGUAAAGAUUGGUCUAUUGAUAAUUAUGGAUUGUUUUUACACAGAAUUUUUCAAUUCGGGAUUCGGUGAAACAAAAUCUCCAAAAUGGUGUGGUCAACGGCAGCCGUGCUCUAUAUUGGUUCACUUGGUGCAAUCUGGAACUCGUGAAUACCCAUUGUAGGUCUGUUGUGAGAGAGAGAGAGAGGCGUUCUUAAACAAAUGUGUCGUCGCUGGGUGGAGCGGACUCCCGUAAUACCUAACUCGUGCAUCUUCUUUUUAUAUAAAGAAAUUUUUAUCCUUUCAAUACAAUUUUCUUUUGUUAUUUUCCUUUUAAGUCCUAUUUUUUUCCUUUUUUUGGAUGAAUGUAUCAUACAAUAGCAUAGAAAAAGGUCUCGGAGCAAAGCUCUUAAUUUUAC